AUGUUUCUGUUCGUUUUCACAUGUGUAAUGGCAAGCUAUAACUUUAACGAAAUUUAUGAUGACUAUUACAACGAUUACUUCUACGAUUACGGAGACUUCAGCGAUUUCUUUCCGUUCAUUUAUGACUAUCCCGAGCAACCCAAUGUUAUGAGCAAUUACGUAGAAACUACGAAGGAGAAAGUGCAGGAGUACGUCGAACCAGCCAUAAAAGAAGUUAAGGAAAAGCUAACACCGGUUGUUACAGAGGUGAAGGAAAAGACGAAAAGUCCAGCAAUUACUAAAGCAAGCAAAAAUGAGCUGAAGAGCACGGUAGAAAAACGACCUGUAACGAACAUAGGCAAAAAGACAAAAGAAACAGAACCUGUUACCGAAAAGGAUGAGACAAAAGCUGCAAAGAAAAGUACAAAAAAACGAAAGAGAGGAGAACCGAUGGAAAAGGUGAAACCUGACAGUGCGAGCAAUCCGCUAGAUUCGGAUCUUGUAAUCAAUAUUUGUAUAAUAUCUGCUGUAAUUGUGAUAAUCAUGGCCAUCAGUUUUUUAAUACUUCAAUUUAUUUACAAAAGAUUUGUGAAUAAAACAGAGAUGGACUAUUAUAGGUCGUUAACAAGACCGAGAAUCGAACCGGAGAACGAUGACUCGCAACGCCGCUAUGCUAUACGGUACGGCUGAACAUUGUAACUCGGUAGAUGGCAGAUAGCUAUGGACAACGAAAGCUGUGUAAAAAUAGGAGUUUUGAUUUUCCU